GCUGGGAAAUGAUUCCGGGAAGAGUGCCUUUGGGAAUUGUAGUGCAGUCUGUUCCUCCCCUCUGGUUCGAACGCUAAUCGCGUGAGCUCUCAACAACUACAACUCCCAACACCCCUUGUACGAGGAAGAAGCUUUUCGAGGGACCGCGUGGAUUUUCGUUAGCUGAGAAAGUAAAAAGCAUCACCAUGUCCUACACAGCUAAAAUCGGACCUUCUAUUCUGAACAGCGAUCUGGCAUGUCUGGGCUCAGAAUGCAUACGAAUGCUGGACUGUGGCGCCGAUUACCUCCACUUGGAUGUGAUGGACGGGCACUUCGUACCCAACAUCACCUUUGGCCACCCUGUGGUGGAGUGUCUUCGGAAGCAGCUGGGGCAGGGCCCGUUCUUUGAUAUGCAUAUGAUGGUUUCCAGACCAGAGCAGUGGGUGAAGCCAAUGGCAGCAGCAGGAGCCAAUCAGUACACCUUCCACCUGGAGGCCACUGUCAAUGCCGGGGCUCUGAUCAAAGACAUCCGGGAGAAUGGCAUGAAGGUUGGCUUGGCUAUCAAACCUGGCACCACAGUGGAGGAGCUGGGUCCCUGGGCAGGACAGAUCGACAUGGCCCUGGUGAUGACAGUGGAGCCUGGCUUCGGGGGGCAGAAGUUCAUGGAAGAUAUGAUGCCGAAGGUGAACUGGCUGAGAACACAGUUCCCUUCCCUGGAUAUAGAGGUAGAUGGAGGAGUGGGGCCUGACACUAUUCAUAAAUGUGCUGAGGCCGGAGCGAACAUGAUUGUGUCGGGCAGCGCCGUCAUGAAGAGUGACGACCCCAGGUCAGUCAUCAACCUGCUGAGGAACGUCUGUGUGGAGGCCAUUCAGAAGCGAUCGCUGGACCGCUGAAGGGACACGUGGCUCCGGGGGGCCUGUCCGCUUGCUGGGACUGUUACUGAACCUGUAGGCCUUUCAGGGGGGUGAAGAGUUUCACCAACUGGCUGACCAAAAUGACAAGAUUUAUUAAGCCUAACCCCGCUAUUGACAGCUAUUUACCUCAUCAGAUAUCCACCCAUCAGGAUGACAUCACAAGUUAAACUGCUGUUUUUUCAAAUAGAGCGUGAUCUUACAUGGGUUGAGCUCAGUUUUUUCAAAUAGAGUGUGAUCUUACAUGGGUUGAGCUCAGUUAUUUUUAAACACAGAAACGCAUGACGGCUAAACCUUGGUUAUUUUUAUACAGGAUACAGAGGUCUGUAAUAAGCUCAGAAAAGGGACCGAGUCACUUCUGAACAUGUAUUUUAUUGGGUUUAACUGUCGGGAUGUCAGAUUGAUUGAAGGGAGCGCGACAUGCUAGCCUAAUAAGAUUCACUGUUGUUACUGUGUCUUCAGGCACUUUCCCACUUCCACAAUGAUACCAACCGCUUCAUGCACAAAUUGCUACAGAAUUGUAUGUUUUCCAUACUGUCCCAUCUCCUACCUCAGUUUUGUCUGUGUAUAGACUUUGCUUCUUAAAAGCUGUCGGUCCUUACAGAGCUGUGCCUGUGUGGAGCUGUUCUAAGGCAGCAAUGCAGAAAGAGCAUGCUGUACAGUAGAAAUGCCUUCCACAUUGUUUGCUCAAAACAAUUUUAACAGUUUAACAACACACUCAGAUCCAUUCCUGUUUUUAAGUUCCUCUUAAAGCAUAUUCCUCUCAAAUAAAGUGUAGGGUUUUAUUGCCAACAUCUAGUUUAAUAUUUAGGGUGAAUCAGCUUUGUAUUUAUUUGGGUGUGUGGGGUACCUGCUGAGGGAUCAAUUAACCCCCCCCCCUUUCAUUAAGGUCAUAUUCCUCUCUUUUCUGUACUGUAGUAAAUCAGUGGCCACCGUGUGGUGCUGUCUCCUAUUCUGCGAUUUCUUAACCUGCAUCGUUUUCAUAGAGAUUGGAUUUUUUUUUUUUUUUUAAUCAAACACGUUUAUGUUCUUAAUCAUUUUAAAAUAUGAAUUUGUUUGUUAGACAUUUAUUCUUGUUCAUUUACCUAUAAUCAUAAUAUUUUUAAAAUCAAAUUUUAAUGGUGAGCCCAGUUUUGAGCACAGAAUUGUUUCUAAUGUAGAACUGGAAACUCGCAGCACCUACCCUGAGAUGCAUGAAGAUUGUGCAGCACAGCAGGAUUGUAAAAGCUUAACACAUCACAGCAUACAGUGACAGUGGAUUACUCUAGCGGAGCAUGCUGUUUGUUUCAGAACAUUAACCAAUAAACAAAAGCGCAGUAAACUGGAUUAUAAAUGCUUUGGGUUACAUUUGCUGGUCUGUGUACUGUACUUGAAAAACACCUUGAAGCAAUACAAAGCUACAUUUACAGCAGCAUUCUCAUUUGCCACUUCCACAGUCCUUUUUUCAAGUAUUUAACCCCUGGCCAUGUGAUGCGUGUUUUGUGGCGUUGGCACAAUGUGUAAAUUGGAAGCAGACUAAAAUCUUGUCCGAGCUAACGGCUUUUUAAAUAUAUUUUUAUACUGUAUUUCCCCCCAGUCCAUGUGAAUUUAGAGAUAGCUGCUGCCCCAGUUGGUGGGAGGGACUGCUUGUAAGUGCAAUCUCCUUUUCCUUCUGUCUUUUCUCCCAGUAGGACAUUGUUUUCUGCUGAUCUAAGCAGCCGCCCUCUAACUAUCUGCACUCCCUCAACCGUACCAUGCUCGGCUCCCCAGACACCGACAGGGUAACAAAAUGCAACUCUGGCAACUGAAAUGUGCUAUCACUUGCACUAUAACAAAUCUCUGUGCUUAUAUGGAGAAUGUUCUGUUAAUAAUACCACAUUACCCUCAACACAUACAGCACUGGACCUUGCGUGGUUUAAGUUAGGAAGGGUGGUGGGGAUCAGAUUGUUUUCUCCAUUGCAGUAGCCUGUCGGUAAUGGUAAACAGCUGAAAAGUGAAGAGAAUGUAUUAUAUUGUAACUGAACCGUUUCCCCAGCCCUGCUCUAAUGGUGAGAUUUAGAGGUCAUAGUUCCAUCAAUCACAGGUCCCUGUUGACUCGGGAUUAAAGAGCUAAUAGCACAAGCUUGCCAAAAGCAAUGUGUCAGUGCUGUUUUGUUAUGUUUUCAAUGUGUGGUGGUUUUUGCAGCUAAAUAUGUCUAUUUAAUUUGCUUUGAAUAACUACCUUGCAUCAGUUUAAGCACAAGUGUGCUGCUGUGUUAGGAGCACUGCAAUACAGUACUUGUUCCAGAUCCAUUAUGUUGUCAUUGUUGGUAAUUUUAUACUGGUCUUCAGGACAAAGCACUGGUAUUCGAAUACAUUCCCAAUGUUGUUUUUCAAUCUUUCCUGCAGGGGCGCUGGAACUAGGGGUGCUGGGGGCGCGACAGCACCCUCUGGCUUUGCAUGGCUUCCAUCAUAUACAGGGGUUACAGUUUUGUUCAAUGGCUUUCAGCACCCCUACUUGUUCCAGUGCCACUGCUUUCCUGGAAGGAUGGUUGUGUGGUUCAGGAGACAGGAAAUUCUGUCUUACUUGCCAAAGGAAUGUACUAAGAAGAAACUACAAUUCUUAUACAUUUGAAAAAUGUUUCUCAAAAAAUGUACUAGUUUAUUUUUCAGUAUUUCUAUAUAUUUUCCCAGAGUCCCAUAAGCGUGUAACUUUCUUAUUCUAAAAAGCAGCUGUCUGUCUGAAAAGGAUGUGCAGUCAAAUGUGAUUGAAUACUAAAUUCCAGAAAUCUAUAGGAAUGACUCGCUGAAAAUCUACCAUAGUGCAUUGACGGUAUUUCAUUUAUAAUUUUGUUGCCAUACCAACAAUUAUAGAACUAUAGCCCAAUGCAUUGCAUCGUAAUGCGGAAUGCAAAACACAGCAUCACUUCAAUGCAUCUAUUAUGGGGAGUUUGCUGAUCACAAAAAUACUGCGAUGCUCUUUUUGCAAAGGAAUGUGGAGCCAAUAAAGCUGCUUCUGCAGAGUCCCUACAUCCAGUUAUGCUGCAGUGUUAGAUGAGUUUGUUCUAUUUGUUUAAUUCUGCUAAAUAAUUAGUAUGUCGCCAUAUGCGCUGGUUUCCAUUAUACAUGCACUCAUAAGCUGGUGCAUAUGGCAACGUAUUAAUUCAGUAACCUUUACUUGUUAUGAUGCCACCCACAAUGAAAGGUAAUUAAAACUCUACGCGUAGAGAUGCCAGCAAAGGCACUACACUGAAGAAGGGCGAGAGAGAGAGAUGGCUACAUUUAUCAUGCCUUAAAACACAUAACCCAGAACUAAAGUGUAAAACUGAUUUAUUUAUUUAUUUUUUUAACAGGGAUACUGAAAAAAACAACCCAGAAACAGCUCCUUGGGGGUUGUUGCCAUGGAAACAAGGCCUACCAAUGCAAUCGACAGUGAAUCUGAAUGUAGAUUAUAUUUUGACACUAAUUGCCAUGUUUAUCUUGGCAUCAGUGUACUAUAAGUAUUUUUAUUAUCAUGUAAAAGUGACGUUCUGAGGACAGUGCGAUGCACAGCUCAUGUCUGUUCUUAAUUGGUGAACGUAUUGUCUGGUGAAUGUGUUGUCUUGGCAUCUUAACUUAUUCUCAGCUCAGCCAUGCAGGAGAUACGUUUUCAUCCAUAAACCAUCCCAGCGAUUUGCUGCUGAACAGAUUUUUAAAGAGCACCAUCAUGCUUUUUUUAUCGUUAGCAAUAAGUGUAGGCAUUGUGACAUUGUGCUAACGAGCGAAGGAGAAGUUUAGGUUACAUCACACCCUUCUGGAUUAAAAGUUUAUCUGAGCUUCCUGAUUACAUCACAGCUCGACCGAUGUGGAGCAUUUCGGUCAGGUCAUCUGUACUUGAUAUGUUUUAUAACUGAACUGUCUAUUCAGGUACAUGUAUUAUGAAGUGUCUUCUUAGUUGAUUUUGCUACACAAUUUGACAUGACUAUGUUAAUGUUUAUUAAAGCAAAACUAUAUUAAAGUA